GGCGAGGGGGGCGGGUGUUGUGAGCACAGCUCGGUGGUGGCGGGGGUAGCCUGCGAAGGUGUCAUGGCUGCUGCCGUUGAGCUUAGCCUCUCGAGCAGUGGUGACAGGAGUCCGGAACGGAGCUGCAGCCCCAAUCUCUCCCAAGAGGUGCUCCGCGAAAUCUUUCGCUCACUGCAUAGCCUGGUGGGACAACUUAACCUCAGAGAUGAUGUGGUGAAAAUUACAAUCGAUUGGAACAAGCUCCAGAGCCUCUCAGCAUUCCAGCCCGCAUUGCUCUUUAGUGCACUUGAGCAACAUGUUUUAUAUUUACAGCCUUUUUUAGCAAAACUUCAGCCUCUGAUUAAAGAGGAGAAUACAACUAUUGUUGGAGAGAUAGAAAGAACAGAAACAGGGAACAAGAAUGAAGUAAAUGCCAAAUUUCCCAUUAGUGACCUACAAGAGGAAGAAAAGCACGAAGAUUGUGAUUUAGGAGAUGUGAAAAAGACACAGAUCCAUUUUGAUCCAGAAGUAGUACAAAUAAAGGCUGGAAAAGCAGAAAUUGACAGACGAAUAUCUGCGUUUAUUGAAAGAAAGCAAGCUGAAAUCAAUGAAAACAACGUCAGGGAAUUUUGCAAUGUUAUUGAUUGUAAUCAAGAAAACAGUUGUGCAAGAACUGAUGCCAUUUUUACUCCUUACCCAGGAUUUAAAAGUCAUGUGAAAGAAGUUUCUUAUUUAGUUUCUAGAGUUGUGAAUACAUAUGGACCACAGACUAGACCUGAAGGAAUUCAAGGGUCAGGUCAUAAGCCUAACAGCAUGCUCCGAGAUUGUGGUAAUCAGGCUGUAGAAGAAAGACUACAAAAUAUUGAGGCUCACUUGCGAUUGCAAACAGGUGGUCCGGUGCCAAGGGAUAUUUAUCAGAGAAUUAAAAAACUUGAGGAUAAAAUCCUUGAAUUGGAAGGAAUCUCUCCUGAAUAUUUUCAAUCCGUAAGCUUUUCUGGAAAAAGAAGAAAAGUUCAACCACCUCAGCAGAACUAUUCACUGGCUGAACUUGAUGAAAAAAUUAGUGCCCUCAAACAAGCCCUGCUCAGAAAAUCAAGAGAAGCAGAAUCCCUGGCUACUCACCACCUUCCGUGAAAAACUCCUCUCAUUCUUGUCAUUUUACUUUUUUAUAUAUACAUGUAACUUAAACUGCAAUUAACAAAGUGGAUAUGUAUUUAUCAAUGUAGACUUCCCUCUGAAGUCAAGGUUUCUUUUCAUGUGAGUUUAGCCUGCAACAAGUUAUCUUCAAAUAUUCCAGUGAAUUUUGAAAUGGUUAAGGUAUUAGAAACAGCAUUGUCAGAAUGUAUUCCCUUCUGUUUUAAAGGAGGUAUUUGGAAAUUGAAAAACUUAAUUUGAAAGCACAUCUGUGUGUGUGUGUGUGUGUGUGUGUGUGUGUACCACAGAAGAUUUAUUUUGAAUAGUGAUAUUGAAAAGGACUUUAUAUUUGUAACAUCAGUGUUAACCAAUUUAUUAGUUUAAAUUAGUACUUUGUAUUUAAUAGGCAUUCAACAAAAAUGUAUCAACUGAAAUGAAUUUUAAAUGAAUGCAUACUUUUUUUUCAAAUGUCAAUUUUAAUGUAAAUAAAUAGUAGAUCCCAUCUUUAUUCUCUUAA